GAGAAGGUCGGAAGGUUACGAGAGCGCAGACGCCGACUAAAAGCAUCGAGGAUAGUACCCGGCACCGUAGCGGAGUACCGGACAGAGCUAGCUCGUCCGUAACGGUGUGUUCGUCUUGGCAACGGAUCCGGUCUUUAUCCAGAGCGCACGAGCCACGUUCACCUGCUUCGCCCCCCAAAACGGAAUCGAAAUCGAACGCGCAAUCCUCGGCAAACGCAACAACAGUCGUUGUUACUGGUCGCGAGCGAUCAACGUCAACCGGCCGAGUCGAACCACUUUUGGAGUUUGCGAGUUACCGGCUGAUCAACGAGGCACCGCUUUCCCGCGCUCCCGCAACCCGAUUCGAUUCUCACCUGUUAACCGAGCCGUCGCGCUCCUCUUCUCUCUUCGAAGUGUUCAGGAAAAUCCCUGCACAAAUGAUGAAAGGUCGGCAUCAAUUUCGGCGUCGUUUCAGUCUACAACCAUCGUCGCUGAAGGAGGGUCAGGAAGAUGGUACGACGAAAAACGUUAGAAACGAGAGGUUGUCGGAGUCGGACAGCGGUGGCGGGAAACACGCGGAAAGUUCGAUACGGCACAAGAUCGUUGUGAUGGGGGCGGCGAAAGUGGGGAAAUCGGCGAUAAUCAAUCAGUUCCUCUACAACACGUUCACCCCCAAGUACAAGAGGACAGUGGAGGAGAUGCAUCACGGGGAUUUCAACGUUUCCGGCAUACAAUUGACCCUGGACAUCCUGGAUACAUCGGGCUCGUACGAGUUCCCCGCGAUGAGAGAUCUGUCCAUCAAGUCUGCGGACGCGUUUAUCCUCGUGUACGACGUCCACGACGCCAACACGUUCCUCGAGGUGAAAACGCUGAGGGCGCAAAUUCUUAACACGAAGGGGGCGGUGCCAAUCGUCGUCGUUGGCAAUAAAGUCGAUUUGAUCGACACCGAGAAACAGGUGGAUACGGACAGCACGAGAGAGUUGGUAACGAUGAAAUGGGAGAACGGUUUCGUGGAGGUGUCAGCGAAAGAGAACUUGAACAUUUCACAGGUGUUCAAGGAGCUUUUGAUCCAGGCCAAGCUGAAGUACAAUCUAAGCCCGGCAUUGAGACGUCGCCGCAGGCAAUCAUUGCCACCGCCCCAGCAUUUGAAUUCUCGGAGCAGCAGCGCUCACGUCCCGUCCCCGGCCCAGCUCCAGCAUCUGCAGCAGAUCCGUGAACGUUCCGAGUCGAAGAGGAAUUCCUGCAUACUGUCGUAAACGAAAAUCCAAAGGCAUCGACAACCGUUUCUCACCUGAUUCGAGAGGAGGAAGGGAUGAUGGAAUCGACGAUCGCCCAUUCUCUCUAACACCGAUCGAUCGAGACGACGUUCACGCGAUCGAUGAUUUCGAUCGAUCGAUCGAUCGUUCGAAACGCUCCCAUCGAACACUCAUAUAAACGAUGAUAGUCGAAAAGAUAGGAAGAGGGGGCGAGAAACCGUGAUGCCGAUCGAAGAUUUGUUUCCUAUUCGAAAGAGAACUUUCGUCUCGUACAGGCCUCUCAUUCUAUUUUUAAGAAAUUUACGAUUUACGUCGAUAAUAUAUCAUCUUGAAUCGAGAGUUUAGCUGAUUUUUCCUUAUUGAAAAAAAGAAAAAAAAAACAAAAAAAAAAAAAAAAAGAGAGAAACGAACGACAAUUAUUUCGAUGUUUAUCGUUCGAAAAUUCAAUGUGAAUAGCGAGUGAAUCUACGUACUUGAUGUUAAGUAAAAAAUUUUUUCGUCGAAAAAUUGAAAAUUUCUCGUUCCUAGGUAGAAGAGGAAAUCACGAACACGAUGGAGAGACACGCUUUAUCACGACUUUAAUAAGGAUAAUGUAGAAGAUAAUUAUUCCUCGUGACGACCCAGUCGUUCGUUUUAAUUAAGAAAUCAUCCUUGCUCCCCUUUCCUCGAU